AUGGCAAAUGUACCUGCCACCCUCAAAGAGAGAGAGAAGUUGACAGGAGCAGGGCAGACCUGCGAGUUUGAUACCAACAACAGGGAAAAUCAAGUUCUGAGAGGAAAAGAUGAAGAAAAAAGAGUGACUCUGAGCAAUCCUGUGGAAAAAGUGGCCUAUCUUAUAAUAUUCCAUAUUCUCUUUGUGCUCUUUGUGUGGACGUAUUGGAAGUCUAUUUUUACUCUCCCGGUGCAGCCAGGCAGAAAGUACCACAUGUCCUACGCUGACAAAGAACGCUACGAAAAUGAAGAAAGGCCGGAGGUGCAGAGGCAAAUUCUCGCCGAGAUUGCAAGGAGGUUGCCGGUGUACACCAGGACGGGGAAUGGAGGUGUUCGAUUCUGUGACAGAUGCCAGCUGAUAAAGCCUGAUCGUUGUCACCAUUGCUCCGUCUGUGCUAUAUGCGUGCUAAAAAUGGAUCAUCACUGUCCCUGGGUGAAUAACUGCAUUGGAUUUUCUAACUACAAAUUCUUUCUGCUGUUCUUAGCCUAUUCUUUGUUGUAUUGCUUGUAUAUUGCUGCAACAGUCUUCAAGUAUUUCAUUAAGUAUUGGACAGGUGAACUGACUAAUGGACGUUCCAAAUUUCAUAUCCUUUUCCUUCUCUUUGUGGCGGUCAUGUUCUUCGUGAGCCUUAUGUUUCUGUUCGGCUACCACUGCUGGCUCGUCAGUAGAAACAGAUCUACUUUAGAGGCUUUCUCAGCUCCAGUGUUUCAAAAUGGCCCAGAUAAAAAUGGAUUCAAUCUUGGCUUUGUAAAGAAUCUUCAGCAAGUGUUCGGAGAAGAAAAAAAGCUCUGGUUGCUACCUAUUGCCUCUAGCCAGGGCGAUGGACAUUUUUUCCCAAUGAGAGCUUUGUGUGAAGCUCAGAAUCCUCUCCUAGCACAUGAAGAGCAGUGGGAAGACGAUGGAAUGGAUGAAGACCCUCAUGGUUCUGGUGAAGCUUCAUCCCUUGCCAUAGAAAGGGAGACGUAG